AUGGUGAUAAACAAGUGGUUAAUCAACACAAGUGCUGGAGAGAGCAAACUGCAAACGCGAGCUUAUGACAACUAUAAUGAGGCGGAAGUGACAUCUGAAAUUUGUAAAGCGAAGCCGCAGCAAAAACAUUGUCUGAUUGAAUGGGUCGUGCGAGAUAGAUGGCCACACAAAGAAAGGUGGGUAUACGAUUGGCGGCGAAGGUACUGCCACACGAUCCGUUGGGCCGACCACUGUCCAGCGCCGACACCUGACACCAACAACUUCGCUUCGGAGAUGGAAUGCUUGGACCAAUGCUCUGGGUGGGCGUAGUGAAUCCACCACCAUCCAUGAGAACUUUGCUAAAGGACUCUUAACUUAAAAACGAUUUAUACUAAUUUAUUAUGAAACACAGCUAAAACUCACGUGAUACAACGUCGGAGUAUGGCCGACUAGUUUCGAACUGAUACAGGGCCCAUAGUCAUGAACUGAUUCUUGCAA